CAAUAAUAAAGCGCGGACGGACGCUACCGGACGGCACCGGCGCACAGCGAGCCAAAAACCCGCAGCAGGGUUCACGGGCCUCCUACGCCCAGACCCCAGAAGGCCAGAACCACUCCCCUCCAUUGGCACUCACAACCAUUUCCGCCUCCGCGCUAGUACUCAUCACGGCGCCGACGCCCCCAUGCCCAUGGCGGAAGUAGCGCCGCCGCACGCGGCCGCGGGGGGCGACGAGGCGCUGGCGGCAAUGCGGGGGCGCGGGGAGGUGGACACGUCGUCCCCGUUCGUGUCCGUGCGGCAGGCCGUCGACCGGUUCGGCGGCGGCGCCGUCUCCCCGUGGCGCCAGCCGCCGCAGCCAUCGCCGCCGCUCCAGCUCCGGCCAGAGGAGGUUGAACUUAUGAAAGUUGAGGAAGAAACUGUGAAGAUCGAGAUGGGACUGUUUGUUAAGGAAAGUGAAACAUUUAAGGUGCUGAAAGAGUUACAGUCAACAAAGCAGGUUAUUGAUGACUUGAAGUUACAAUUAGAGAAGGUAACAUCAGAGGGCACAAACGCAACAGGUUAUAUUGAUACCAUGAGCGAACAUCCACUUCCUGAAUUGGAUAAAAAAAUAAGUAACCAUACCGAGCCACUGAGCCAAAGCACAAAUACCAAGCAGUCUCCACUUACCACAUUGAUCAAGCUGAAUCAGGCAAAAGCAUUCCUGAAUAUGGAUACUGUCAAGAUGUUACAGAGCCAAAUAGAGGAGGAGAAAGCAUCCCUUGAGAAAACCCGUAAAAAGUUACAUCUGAAUAUGGGCGAAGCUUCAUCAUUGGAAGCAGAUUUGAGCAAAACUGUUGCACAGCUACAAGCAGCAAAAGCGCCCAAACCUACUCUUGAGCCUCAUGAUAUAUGGUUGCAGAUGAAACAGUUGAAUUCUGAAAAAGAAAAGCACAAAAAGACUGUCCAGGAUUUGAAAUACGAGAUCGGUGAAUUAACUUCCACUAUUGAGCACACAAGGUCCAAGACAAAGACUCUUCAGUUCAGGAUUAUCAUGGCUGAAAAACUGAAGGAAGCCUCAAGGCGGGGGGAAGCUUUUGCUCUAGCAGACACAGAAAAGCGAAGCAACAGGGAGGAUCCGACAAUUGCUACAUCCGAUGUCAAACUUUCUGUCAUGGAACACUCUGCGCUCGUGGCUAAAGCACAAGAAUCAAACGAUACCUCUAGGAAGAAAAUUGAUGCGGCGAUGCAAGAGCUCGAUCAAGCAAACCAGUGCAAGGUAGAACUUUUGGAAAGAGUAGAGGAAGCAAUGUCAGCUGUUGAGACCAGCAGGAAGGUUCUGGAUGAGGCCCUAAAGAGAGAGGAGUCCGCAAACAAAGCCAAGGUCGCAGCAGAAGAAAUGCUUCGGAGACUGCGGUCUGACCAAGUAGUCCAGAACUGGCGACUGGCCAGCAAUAACAGCUCUAUGAAGUUCAAGACCUCAGCAAUGACACCCCGGAGGGCUGGCUCUGGGAUAUACGACGUGAAUGGCCUGACCUUGGUGACCACCGCACCGAAGAUCACGAAGACAAUGUCCAUUGGGCAGAUCCUGAGCAUGAAGCUCGACAGCGAGUUCGAAGACACCGGAAAGACCACCACCACCACCCCCAAAAGGAAGAAGGUCUCACUCGGGCAGAUGCUAAGCCAGAAGUACGAGGUGUACUCGCCAAUGAGGAUAGAUCACGACGGUGCGUCUCGCAAGCAGUUCCACCCCAGGAGGCGCAGGCUGGGGUUCGUCGUGUACGCGCUGCUUCUUGCCAAGCAGAAGCAUAGGAAGAAGCAGGCAAGGGCGUCGUGCACCCCUGGGCAUUGCAGCUUCGGCUCUAAGGUUGUUGUGUAGUUAUCUUUCCAGAUUGGUAACCGUAGAACUAGCCAUGUUGUACAACCUAGAUGCCAGAAUAAUUGGCACCUUUGUAAUUAGUGGUGCUAUAAACAAGGUUAAUAUUUAGCCAGCUGCCCGCGGCUUACGCCAUAAUUUUUUUUUGUGUCA